GAGGGGCCACCACUAUCACGCGAAUUGAUAUUAUUUUUUCUCGAUCUAUAGUGGAACCAGUGAAUUCAAAAUGGCGGACGGCAUUGACAGACGGGCAGAUGACCGGAUGGAGUUCAACACCUCCAAGGAGGUAACGGUUGCUCCGACCUUCGAGGACAUGCACUUGAAGGAGAGCCUCCUGCGCGGUAUCUACGCGUACGGUUACGAGUCUCCGUCGGCGGUGCAAUCGCGAGCAUCGUGCAGAUCUGUAAAGGUCGCGACACGAUCGCCCAGGCGCAGUCCGGUACGGGUAAAACGGCCACCUUCUCCAUCAGUAUCCUGCAGGUCAUCGACACCGUUGUGCGCGAGAGCCAAGCGCUCGUGCUCUCCCCGACUCGCGAACUUGCCACGCAGAUCCAGUCCGUCAUCAUGGCGCUCGGCGACUACAUGAACGUGCAAUGCCACGCUUGCAUCGGAGGCACGAAUAUCGGCGAGGACAUCCGGAAGCUGGACUACGGACAGCACGUCGUCUCUGGCACGCCGGGCGUGUGGCCGAUAUGAUCCGUCGGCGCCAUCUGCGCACCCGUCACAUCAAGAUGCUGGUGCUGGACGAAGCCGACGAGCUGCUCAACCGCGGUUUCCGUGAACAGAUCUACGACGUCUACCGCUACCUGCCCCCGGCCACGCAGGUAGUGGUAGUCUCCGCGACCCUCCCCUACGACGUUCUGGACAUGACGACGAAGUUCAUGACCGACCCCGUGCGCGUGCUGGUCAAGCGUGACGAGUUGACCCUGGAAGGCAUCAAGCAGUACUUCAUUGCCGUGGAGAAGGAAGAAUGGAAAUUCGACACCCUCUGCGAUCUCUACGAUACGCUCACCAUCACCCAGGCCGUGAUCUUCUGCAACACGCGCCGCAAGGUCGACUGGCUGACCGACAAGAUGCGCGAGGCCAACUUCACCGUGUCGAGCAUGCACGGCGAAAUGCCCCAGAAGGAACGUGACAGUAUCAUGCAGGACUUCCGCCAGGGUAACUCGCGAGUGCUGAUCUCGACCGACGUCUGGGCCCGUGGUAUCGAUGUCCAACAGGUCUCCCUAGUCAUCAACUACGAUCUCCCCACCAACCGUGAAAACUACAUCCACCGUAUCGGUCGAAGCGGUCGUUUCGGAAGGAAGGGUGUCGCCAUCAACUUCGUUACCAGCGAUGACGUGCGGAUCCUCCGUGAUAUCGAAUUGUACUACUCCACACAGAUCGAUGAGAUGCCUAUGAACGUUGCCGAUCUCCUUUCAUAAACCUCAUAACCACUCUCAUCUAUACCACCAAUCAAAUCCACUCUCAACCCACGGGCCGUAAUC